UCGCCCGCCCGCCCCGCCGGGACAGAGCGCCGGGAGCCGCUCCGGGACGGCCGCGCCGAGGCACCAUGCGGGCUGCGGGGCUGCUGCCGCUGCUGCCGCUGCUGCUGCUCGGUGUCAGGUCUCAGGAUUAUGCAGGCCUAGGACAAAACAUUACCACAAUCAUCACAGGGACUACCCCUGCAAACACUACAGGGAUCUCACCAACCACCUCUGCAUUGUCACCUACCAAACAACCCCAAACGACCACCACCACUACGACUGACAAAGGACCCACUCAGAUCGCUGCGACAACCACUGCUCAAAGCACCGCCACCAAUACCACCAACGCGGGAACGUCAUCGUCCCCCGCUGCAAUGUCACCUACUGCAGUGAGAGGGACCACCCCCACAGCAUCAGGGACCACAUUGGCUAACACCACCACCACAUCAGCCCCCACAUCUGGGCAGGACAGCUCUUCACACAACGCCACUACCCCCACAGCUGUCCCUGCUGCAAGCGCCACUACUUCCCAGCAGCCCAGUAAUACUACAGCCAGUUCGGGAAUCUUGGGGACCACCACUACUGCAAAGACUGUCCUUGCUGGUGCCAUCAGUCCUCCAGGAGCCGUAGGGACUGCUACCGCAUCCUCUCCCAGCACACAGCCUCAGGGAAAACAGCCUUUGGAUCAUUUGUCCAACACCACUGUGAGCACCACAGUGCCGAGGACUGACCCUUCCCAAAGCUCCAAGGAUUGUGCUGUCUCUCCUUCCUCAUGUGCCACCAAGCAGCCUCCUUCUUCUUCCAGUUCUCCAGUCCAGGGACUAAUCCCUUCCACCAGUCCUGGAAGCACUGGCACAUCUGUUAUCCCUCCGAUUACAUUCCCGUCCCUCUCCACCACUCCGACAUCACAAGCUGGCAGCAAAGACACAGUCCGAGAGGCAGCCACCACAACAGCUCCUGGGGCAGACCAGAGUACCCACGAUGCUGGAUCUGCAUCAGCCAAACCCACCAGUGCCUCCCAGAGCCCUGCCAGUGCCCAGACAUCGGCCCCAGCCCCGAGGGAACAGACAGACAGCUGCAGUCCUGGCCACCAGCACCCCAACAUUUCUUCCUCAAACAAGCUCGUCUGUAAAGACAGGGUGCAACAUACCGGGCCCACCAUUUAUCUGAAGGAACCCAGAACCUGUGCUGAGUGGGAGGCUGCCAGCAACGACACCACCUUCUUUGAGAGCUUCUGCUCCACGGCCCAGCACGCGUUCGACGCCAGCAGGGACAGGUGCACGGUGACGCUGACGGCCUGCGAGCCCCAAGCCCACUGCUGGGCCGUGUGCGUGGUCCUGCACCUUCGCUUGGACUCUGAAGAAGUCUUCAAGGGGCUGAAGGAGAAGAAGGAGAAGUUAGAGGAGCUUGGCAUCGUCAACAUCACCUCUGACAAAAUGGUGGAGGACAUGACGAUCAACGAUGAGUUCAGCACCCCCCUGAUCAUCACCAUCAUCACCCUGGCCGGGUCCCUGCUGCUCAUCGCAGCCAUCUACGGCUGCCACCAGCGCUUCUCCCAAAAGAAGGACCAGAACAUCCACCCUGAUGUCCCCGGGUUUGAUGAUGGACAUGUGGCCCUGAUCUUUAAUCAGCGCCUGACCGAGGAGAUGCAGACCAUGGAGAACGGCUACCACGACAACCCCACGCUGGAGGUGAUGGAGACCUCCUCUGAAAUGCAGGAGAAGAAGGUGAACCUCAACGGUGAGCUGGGGGACAGCUGGAUUGUUCCUCUGGACACCCUCAUGAAGGAGGACCUGGAGGAAGAAGAGGACACGCAUUUAUAAGAUGCAGAAGUCGAUCAAGUGAGAAACGACCACCCCCCCCAAAAAAAACCCCAAUAAACCCUACACACAUGCACACACAGCUCCAAAAUAAGGCAAGAUUCCCCCCAAAAGGCAGAAAAUCCCUUAAUGAACUAAUCAUGGCCCCUUGUGCCACCACAUGGGGUGCAGGAUGGAAGAGGAAAGGACAUGAGAAGACACCUCUGGGGCACAUCAACACAAGCCACUUUGGUGGCCACAUCUGGCCAAGCAUCCUCCAUCCCCCAUCCACCUCCCACGCCAGACCUGAUCAUGGGCAAACAGGGUGGCUUUGCUCCUGAAGAGCUGCUGGUGUCUCCUCCAAGCAUGUCUCCUCCCAUCCCACAUCCAACCACGCCAGCUGCAUCCUCCAGCUACGGAGCGACUCAAAAAUCAAGAGAAAUGAAGUAAAUAGGACGGGAGAUGGAGCACGUCUGACAGCAAAGCAGCACCUGGCAAUUACAGCUAGAAAAAUCCUCUGGCCCACGCUGUUUAGUCAUCACCCUGCCCUCCCUGACACCCAGGUAUUGAGUGGAAAAAGCUGGAACAGCCUGUUCCUUUUUAAUCCGGUUUCCAUCCUCUCCUCAGAGCUAAAACGCACAAGAGCUCCUCGUUGUGCCAUAGGCAAAUGGAUGCAUCGGGACCCAGCGGGAUGGGAGGGAUGCAGCAGUGCCAAGUGAUGCUAAGCCCUGCUGCCAGGGGCUGUGGAACAGAUCCUGCACCCACUUGGAGACUGAGAGAGGUGCAGCAGCUUCUUGUUUUGAAAGGAUGAGAUGGAGGGAGAGGAGAAGGAGGAAUUCCUUGAGUUCAUCCCUCUUAGGAAGGGUGUGGAGAGCAAGAGUGAUGCCUGGUCUCUAGUCCAGGUAUGAUGUUGGCAGUUUUGUGGUGCAGGAGUCCAGCUCUGGUGCUGCAUUUCCCUAUAGAAUGCCUUCCAGGAAUUACACAGCAGCAUCUCACAGCCCUCAUCCAUCCUCCACGAGACUGUGGGACACACACACCACGAUGGUUUGUGAUUUUUGAGGGCACAUUUUCCUGCCUGAGCAGCAGAAGAGGUAAAAGAGCAGCAGAACAGGAGCCAGGGAGCUUGGUGGCAUUCAGGGUUUUACACCAGUACAGCCCUUGGUGUUUCCUCCCCUCGAGGUUUAAAAGCUCAGUCCACGCUCUCGAGCUCUUCUUCACAAGCCACUAAGACAACAGAGACCUGCAAAGCAACUUCCAGCUCAGCAGCAAAGCUGGGACUGAGCUUUGUCCUGCAGCCCUUGGUCUGUCACCCAGGUCUCCCUUUGCUGAAGUCUUUAGAGGGGAGAAGAAAGACAUGGCUGGACUGAGGCCAUUUCUGGAUUUUGACUGCCCACCACAGCUCCUAAAUGGCUCUGAAAGGUUGGGGAGAGUUUCAUGCCUUUGCUCUGGUGAAGCAGCUCAGCCCUGGCAGAGGCAGGGACCAGUGGGAACCAUCCUCCAGCACAUGAGGACCAGAAGGUCACUUGGCUGAGUCCUUCUCCUGAUCUGAGGAUGGUGCUUGUCCCAAAUCCCUCUGCAAACCAGAGGAGCUGCAGAUAAGAGCGAUGCCCAAACACAGCCCUUCUCCCCUGCUUGCCAUAAACCAAGGCACAACGGGGAGAUUUCCUUUGGGCUCUGCCACCAAGUCAACCCGACUGGGAUCUGCUCCCAUGGCUGCCCUGAAUGAGGGGAAAAGCAGAGCCAAGCAAUGGGAAGCUUGGAGAAACCCUGGUGGAGUUGGGAGUACUCAGGAAGGAGAGGAUCGGGGUGGUUUGUUCAGCCUCAUGACAGGCACUGGCAGAAGAUACAUGUGGCUCUUCCCCCUUCUGUCCUGCACCGAAGGGCAGAGUCUGAAGUGUUCAAACCUUUAUAUUUUUGUAUGUAAAUAUUCCUGCUAUUCAUUAGCAAUGUAUUCUGCACACUUCACUUACCUGUGCACUGCACUAUGGGGAAGUAAUUUUGGAGGGGAGGGGAAAUAACAAAAUAAAAUUAAAAAAAAACCUUAAAUUAUUAAAAAUAAAAAAAAAAUUAAAAGAAGAAAGAAAAAGCUAAAGGCCAGCCUGGUAGGGGAUUAAAUUUUGACAUGAAGCAGGAAAACACAGCUCUUGCCCAGCUAACUCUAUGCCACAACUUUACCCCUGUUCUAGCAGCAUCAAGUUCAGCUCUUUAACAUGGCCAUGAGGCUCAGAGAAGCGGCCUCGGCAUCCACAAUUGCUCUGGUGAGGAUUUUGGCCUCCCAGCUGCCCUGAAAGGUGAGCAGCAGGUCCCUGACCUCACACUUCUGUCCUUCCCAGAAAUAAACACAGUGAAAACAGGGCGGCAGUGAUGCUGUGGCCAUGGGGGCUGGAGUUGCCACAAGGACACCCCUGGCAGGGCAUCUCCAGGUGGUCAGGCUUUAGCUUGUGCCUAAAGAUUCCCCCUUCCCAGCAAAGAGAUGCCAAAGUGCUUUAAUGAGUCAGGUCCAAAGACUUUCCAAGAGAACCCUACAGAGGCUUGAGAUCAAGUAACCUUAAAUCUUUCCGAGCAGAGACCAGUGAAGAUAUUACCUGCUCAGCAAGUGCUUACAGUGAUUUAUAUUUGAAUAGGAAUUGUACAUUUAUUUAUUUUUCCAGACACCAUAUUUUUAAACCACUAAUAUUUUAUAGUAGAUUUUCCUUCCCCUAUUUAAAAGAACUAUUUCCACAGGAAAAGAAAACAGUACUUUUUUUUUUUUUUUUAAUGUUGAGAACAUUCUUUUUCGGGGAAAAAAAAAAAUCAGGUAGGAAAUGCAGCAAUGAGCAUCUUUGGCCUUAACCCUUCCCUUCGUAGACUGUAGCCAUAACUGUCACACCAAAAAUAAUAAAUAAAAAAAUAAAUAUUUACCAAGGCAUUUCCUUCCUCCCUGCCCCUCCUCCCUUCCCUGCGCUCCUCCUCUCUCCCCCAAAACAGCUUUAACAUCCCACACGUUGUACAAAGAGAUUCUUGCUCUUACCUUUUGGUGAGAGCUUUGCAAGCAGCUCAGAUGUCCUUGCAAGAGACUUUUCUAUUUUCAGAUUCAUGAGGAAACGUGUAAAUACUUUAGGAGCAUUUUAUCUCCCGCUCCCAGUGCCGUGACCCAGCUGAUGAGGUUGAUACUGUGACUGCUGCCUACAGAAGACACACAGAAGUCUGUGAGGGACUGGAGAAGGAAAACCUGAUUGCCCAGGUGGUUACCUGUUGAGCCUUGCACAUAUAGUAGAGCUCUUACAUACUGUGUGUAGCAGCAUCUCUCACGGGGACAGGAGUCUGAUUUACACUGGAAUUUACUGAGGAACUGGAUUGUAAGAGAUUAUUCUUGCAUUUUCCUACAAAUAUAUUUUGAGAGCAUCAUGUAUUUCUGUCAAUAAACAUUCUUAUGUAAAAGA